AUGGAUUUUGAAUUGAAUAAUAAUGAUCAAUUGAAUGUAAAAACAACUGAUCUGAGUCUUAUGGCCCAUGGUAUUCGGAAUAUUGACGAGAUUCCUCUACAUAAAAAUUUACUCUCAAUUAAUUUACAUUCGAAUGAAAUCGAACGCAUCAAUGGGUUAACUAGAUUAAAUUUUCUAACUCAUUUGGAUUUAUCAUCGAACAAUAUCACAAGAAUUCAAGGUUUAGAAGGUUUAGUUUCAUUAGAUACACUGAAUUUAGCGUCGAAUAAGAUCGUUGUUGUUGAAGGAUUGUUUUCAUUAAAAAAAUUAUCUUGGUUGAAUUUAUCGUAUAACAAAAUCGAAUAUUUACGAGGUUUUCAAGAUCUCUGGGGAGCUGAAUAUAAUUUAGCAAUUGUUCAAUUACAUGGAAAUCAAAUCGAUUCAUUAGAUGAGAUUGUGACAAAUAUGAACGGUAUUACUCGUUUGCAGCACUUGACAUUUCGAGAAAAUCCAGUCGCCAAGAAAGAUGCAUAUCGAGUAACAUUAUUCAACCGUCUUCGGACAUUAAUUAGUCUGGAUGGGAUGGAUAAGCAUGGAAAAAAAGAUAUGAAGAGUCAAGGUCUGACAGGAAUUGAACAGUAUGUGGAUUUGACAAAUGAAACACGUGAACAGCUGCAUGAUGUAACGAACUCGAUUUCUCAACAGUACCCGAAAAUAGCUGCGGCGUUGAAUGCACUUCGACAUAAUCCAAAAAUAAUGGAAUCGAGCACCACGACAAGUGCUGAUAUACAAAAUGGAUCUCUUUCUGGAAUGGAAAGCGAAUAUGUACCAAGGAAUCCAAAAGCUUCAGCUCGACGCCCUUUGACUCACGACAAACGUUCCGCUCGAUCUCCAUCAACAGAUAAUGAGUCAGAUUCAAUACCAACAAAAACGACACGAUUAAAACCACGCGCAACAACAGCAAAUGCCAUUAUUCAGUCUACACCUCGACAGCAACCAAUUACAACUAAAAAGAUUCCCAACAAAACUCAGGUCUCUUUGAAUAACUUCUCACCUCCUGCACCAUCAGCUCAACCGAAGUCUCACAGUAUGAUCGAUGAGAAUACGCAUCCGUUCACGCUGGAUCCGCGUCAACCGUUGUACAACACUGGUCGCGAACGUGAUUGUGAUGAGUAUCAUUAUCGAACAAGUCGAGACAAUGAAAACGAUGAUCUCAACGAGGCUUACACGACAACAUUACGAGAUUUGGAUCACGAACGCGAUAAACGUUGGCGCGCAGAACAAGAAAUCAAACGUUUGAAUGACAUUAUCAACGGAUUGGAAAAACGAACAAACGAUGGUCGAUCGAAUGAAACGAUCAUACACGAAAUAACCGAAAAACAUAAACAAAGAUUAGAAGAUGAGAAAUCAAAAUUUCAAGAUUUAACUGCCAUUCUUGACGACUAUAAAGUCCGUCUUCGAAGCACUGAAGAUCAAUUGUCAUCGUACAAGAAGGCGCAUGACACGAAUUUACAAUUAAUUAAGACUCUGGAGAGUAAUUUGAGUAAACUGGAAAGCGAAAAAAGUGAAUUACGAAUAAAUGAGAAUGAAAAAUGUCGAAAUUGGGAACGUCGAGUGAAUACUUUACAACAGGAGAAUGAUUUAUUACAACAAGAAUCGAAGACCAUCAAACAGCAAUUACGAGAAUGUCAAGAGCUUUAUACAACAAAGGAAAUCCAACAUAAGCAAGAACUCGAGAAAUGUCGCAUUGAUGUACAAGCUCCUGAAGUGCAGCAGUAUCUCAAACAAGAAAUUCAACGCAAAGAAGAGAUUCAUCGAGCUGAACUCACACAUCAACAAGAAAAACUUCAAUCCAUAGCUAUUGAAUACAAAAAACUGGAAGAUGAAUUUCGUGAUGCAUUGAAAAUUGAGGAACGUCGUUAUCAAGAGCUAUACAAAACGAAUGACAUUCUUCAAAAAGAAAAUGAACUUCUCCAAUCAUCUUCAACAAAUAUCAAACAACGUGAAGAAUCCGAUCGGAAAAUGGUCAACGACUUAACGAUGUUAGUCCGCGAACAAAAGCAACGUCUCCAAGAAAAGUCGAAAACCAAUGAGAACCUGACUCAUCAAAACAAACAUUUAACGACGAAAUUAGAACGUGCUAUUGACGAAUUGAAGAAAAUUCGCGAGCAAAUUUUAGUUUUACAAAAAGAACGUCGCGAAGUCGAUGCACGUCUUGUUGCCCAAGAGUCCAUUUUGUCAGGUUUACGAGAAGAGAAGAAACUUUGGAGUCAUGAAUUAGCACAUCAAGGUGCGUCAUUAGCGCAAGAUCGCGGCCGACUGGAGUCAACGAUUCAAACAUUAACAAGUGAAGUUAACACAUUGAAAAAACAAUUAGACAAAGAAGUUGACACAUGUCGAAUCAAACAAACCAUCAUUGAAAGUCAAUUGGAUACAAUUCAAAAACUGAAAGAUGGUGUUGUCGAACGUGAUGAUACGAUCAAGAAAGCACGUGAAGAUUUGUUAGUUCGUCAGAAAGAAUUAGAACAGCAACUUCAAGAUGAACAGUUACUUUAUCAAGAAUUACAAGAGAAAUAUGAAAAAGUUUGUGAAAAACGCGAUUCGAUCAAAGACGAUAUGCAUCAACUUCAACAACAACUGGAAAAGAGCAAAAAUGAUUACAAUGCGCUGAGCCGUAAAUGGAAGGAGAAAUCGGACUUGAUCACUGAACUUGAUAAUAAAAUUCGUCGAGCAUCGGAAACUUAUCAAAUUAAUGAAAAGAAACUGAUCGAUGAAAACACUCGUCUUGUCGAAACACACAAACAAUUAGAAGACAAACUUCGUCAACGUGACGAUGAUUUUCGUCGUCAAUUCGACACAAUCGAGCACGGACAUCGUCAAGCAUUGAAUCAAAUGCAAAAGAAUUACGAAGACAAACUUCAACAAGCUCAAAUUCGUAUAAAUGAAGUGGAAGAUGAAAUGCGUAUCUUAUUACACGAUACGAAUCAACGAAAGAAGAAAUGGGAAGAACGCAUAAAACAUUUGAGUACUUUUAUGAGUGAUUUACAAGAUCCAAUGUAA